AUGGACCGGUCGCGCUCUCCCGACCAACGGCGAUGGAGCUUGCAGCUCUGCGUCUCCAGCGGAUCGAGCACGACGGUGUCGCUGUCGCCCAGCGCGAGCGUGGGCGAAGUGAAAGCGGCGGCCAAGAAGUUCUUUCAGCACCAUUUCUUGCAAGUGACGGCUGAUGGAACUGUUCUCUCCAACGUGUCCCAAUCGAUUCAAGAUGCUGGACUCCACGAUGGUCAGACCUUGACGGUAGUGCUCCAAAUCCCCUGCUUGGCGGCGACCGCUGGGGCAUUUGCUUUGUGGUGCCGUGGUGGUGGGGUGCUGACAUGA